AUGGGCGGCGCGGCUGCUGAGGGCCGAGGGCGACCGCAUUCUCGUCGCGUCCCCGACGCCGACGACGGCACGAAGCAGAACCAUCAGCCGUCGCGUCCGCCACCGACAGCAGCCACCACGCCGCGCCGCCGCGCAGCCCUCGUCGACGCAGUCGCCGCGCGCCCCCUGGCGGGGACACCUCGCGGCCGACGCCUCGCCGGACCAUCGGCCCCGUCCGCCGCCGCCAGGGGGCCGCGCGGGGAAGCCCCGCGCCGUCGUCGUCCUGGCGGCCCGCACCCUGGCUCGGCCGCCAACUCGCAGUACGCUCCGUCGCCGCCGAGCUCCCUCAGCAGCUCCGCGCCGCCGCCGCCGCAGCAGCCUCCGCAGCAGCUGCCGGCGUCGAGCAUGCACGCGGGUUACGGACCGGUUAGCAGCUCCGGCGGAGCGGGGAUGUCGAUGGGGGGCGGGCCGGCGAAUUCGAUGUGCGGGUCGCCGCCGGCGAUGGUCGGCUCGCCGCACAUGAGCCAGUCGGGCGGCAUGUCGCACGCGAUGCCGCUGCCGCACCGCGGCGGGCAGCCCGGCAUGGGGCAGCAGCUCGGCCCGCCCCCCGGCGCAUACAUGCAGCAUCCGAUGGCGCAGCAGAUGCACAUGGGAGGCGGCGGCGGCGGCGGCGGCGGAGCGGGCGGCGGUGGUUCGAUGCCAGGUCACAUGGGUCCUCCGCCCGGGCAGAUGGUGCCGCCCGGCGGCGGACACAUGCCCGCGCAGAUGGGCGGACCGGCGCAGAUGGCGCCGCCGGGACACAUGAUGCGCGGGCACAACCCGCAGAUGUCGGCGGCGGCGGCGGCGGCGUCAUACCAGAUGCAGGCGGGCAUGGGGGCGCCGGGCAUGCAGAUGAGCUCCGGAUACCAGAUGGGCGGACACAUGGGGCCGCCCGGAGGACAGAUGCCUCCGCCGCCGCAGAUGCAGCGGGGGUACGGCGGAUACGAACAGAGCCAGUACCCGGGGUACCAGUAA